GUCAUCACGUCAUGACCUAGCGAGCCGCCGCUGUCGCCGCCACCGCUUGCGUCAGGCUUCCGUUUACAUCUCUGCUGUGUGAGUCGGGGUGGGGGAGAGAGAGAGCGAGCGAGCUGCCUCGGUGACUUGAAAACAUGGAGCCGGACUCAGUGAUAGAGGAUAAGACAAUUGAACUGAUGUGUUCUGUGCCAAGGUCUGUGUGGCUAGGCUGCUCCAACCUUGUUGAGAGCAUGUGCGCACUGAGAUGCCUGCAGAGCAUGCCCAGUGUCAGAUGUCUCCAGAAUACUUCUAGAAUGGAUGACCUAAAUGAAGAUGAGUCUCCAAAGAAAAAUACUAUAUGGCAGAUAAGUAAUGGAACGUCUUCAAUGAUUGUACCAAGAAAACGUGCAUCGGAAGGAAAUUAUGAGAAAGAAAAAGACUUGUGCAUUAAAUUUUUUGACCAGUGGUCUGAAGCCGACCAAGUUGAAUUUGUGGAACAUCUUAUUUCACGAAUGUGUCAUUAUCAGCAUGGACAUAUUAAUUCUUACUUGAAACCCAUGUUACAACGAGACUUCAUCACAGCUUUACCAGAACAGGGCUUAGAACACAUAGCAGAAAAUAUUCUCUCUUAUUUGGAUGCAAGAUCCUUGUGUGCUGCAGAACUUGUGUGCAAGGAAUGGCAAAGAGUUAUUUCAGAGGGUAUGCUAUGGAAAAAAUUGAUUGAAAGAAUGGUUCGUACUGACCCGUUGUGGAAGGGACUAUCGGAAAGAAGAGGCUGGGAUCAGUACCUUUUUAAAAAUCGACCUACAGAUGGCCCACCAAACUCCUUUUAUCGGUCGUUAUACCCCAAGAUUAUUGAGGAUAUAGAGACAAUAGAAGCAAACUGGCGAUGUGGAAGGCAUAACUUACAAAGAAUUCAGUGUCGUUCUGAAAAUAGUAAAGGAGUGUACUGUUUACAGUAUGAUGAUGAGAAGAUAAUAAGUGGUCUAAGGGACAACUCAAUCAAAAUUUGGGACAAAACAAGCUUGGAGUGCCUGAAAAUACUGACAGGACACACUGGUUCAGUCCUAUGUUUACAGUAUGAUGAAAGAGUUAUAGUUACCGGGUCUUCAGAUUCUACUGUUAGAGUGUGGGAUGUAAACACUGGUGAAGUUUUGAACACAUUGAUUCAUCAUAAUGAGGCAGUGCUUCAUCUGCGUUUCUGCAAUGGUUUGAUGGUAACCUGUUCAAAGGAUCGGUCAAUUGCUGUUUGGGAUAUGGCAUCUCCUACUGACAUCACUCUUCGUCGUGUCCUAGUUGGCCAUCGUGCUGCUGUUAAUGUAGUUGACUUUGAUGACAAAUACAUUGUUUCAGCUUCUGGAGAUAGGACCAUCAAAGUUUGGAGCACUAGUACUUGUGAAUUUGUUCGCACAUUAAAUGGGCAUAAACGUGGCAUUGCUUGUCUCCAGUAUCGAGAUCGGUUAGUUGUCAGUGGCUCUUCAGAUAACACAAUACGACUAUGGGACAUAGAAUGUGGAGCAUGUUUACGAGUAUUAGAAGGUCAUGAAGAGCUUGUUCGAUGCAUUAGAUUUGAUAACAAAAGGAUUGUAAGCGGAGCAUAUGACGGAAAAAUCAAAGUGUGGGACCUGCAGGCUGCUUUGGAUCCCCGUGCACCGGCAAGCACCUUGUGCUUGCGUACGUUGGUGGAACAUUCUGGGCGCGUGUUUCGUCUUCAGUUUGAUGAAUUUCAGAUCAUUAGCAGUUCCCAUGAUGAUACAAUUUUGAUCUGGGAUUUUUUAAAUGUUCAACCUAGUGCGCCUAAUGAAACACGAUCUCCGUCUAGAACAUAUACCUAUAUCUCCAGAUAGCAUGCACUUUUUUUGUCCUUACCAGGAUCUGGCUAUCUUGAACUACUGGAUAAGUGGCUACCACAAGAAGCUAAUAAUUGGAAAUGGUUGUCAAUACCAUGUUGAUGCAAAGCAGAAAGUUUAAUUUUAUAUCGUUACAUUUCCAUAUCGUUUAAUCUAAUUUCUGCCAUACUUGGAUCUUCAAUUAAUUUCUGCAAAUUGAAAAUAUUCUGUAUAGUCACUGCAUCGAAAUACCCAAAGCUUAAAAUGUAAAUUGUGCAUAAGAACUGAACCUUUUUCUGGGAGAAAAGAGGCUAGAAAAGUUGUGACCUCACAUGAAAUGUUUUGCACUUUGUGACUUCAAGAGGGAAAAAAAAACAUUUUCCAGUAAUAUUUGGGUGCCAAACACAUAUCCAAAUUAUGCCAUGUGUUUUGAUUAUUUUUUUCUCACCUGUACGACCACAAAACACAGCAAUGGUCUUUCAUUUUUCUAUUUUUUUUUUUUUUUUUUUUUUUUUUAGCAUGUGUAUGUUAAGAUAUUAAAACUGUAUUUGACUGUGCUACUUUUGUAUCCUUUCACUCUUGUACACAGACCUACUGUGUUAAAUAAUUGUUUGUGUUUUGUAGGUUUUUUUUAAUGCUAUUAAGCUGUGGUGUUUCAUGGUCAGUGUAAUAAAUUAAUCAAUACAUGUAUAGUAAUUACACAUGCUACUAGACCUUUUGUACUACAGACGUAGUACAAGCAAAUUUCUAUUGCCAAGAACACAGAUCUAAUCUUAAUUGAAAAUGCCCUCUUGUGAAAAAAUAAGAAUCACAGUAUUCCAUUGUACUAUACGUAAAACUGUUUUUAAACUUAAUUUCCAAACCUUUUAGUAUGUUUGUCUUGUUCAUAAUUUGUGCCAAAGUAUAUACAGUAGUUUUUGUUUAGGGUUUUUUUUUUGUAAUAUUCUUAUUUAUAUGCAAUGUAUUGGAUGAGGUUCCUCUGGAGUUUAAAUGUAUAAUAAAAUACAAUCUAAAUAUAUAUACUUCAAAGACAAGUGUAUUUAAAGGUAACACUUGUGAUUCUUUUGCUUCUGCAUCCCAGAAAGGCCUAUAAAUAAUAAUUUUGUUUUCGCAUAAAUUAAUUUGAAUGAAAACUUUAAGGAUAAGUAUUAGACCUCUUGAUUUUAUGCGAAUCAAUGUAUUAUACACAGAAUUUCCUUCCAGGUUUACCCUUUAAACUCAUAGUUUAUGUACAGUAAUAACUAGAUUGUGUAGAUGCGUGUGUGAAUAUAGCUACAUAUC